AUGAAAACUAAGAGUUUAGUAUUCAUAUUUCUCCCAUUCUUGUUUCAAUUCUCUAUUGCCGGACCACGAAUCAAUUGUUAUCCUGAACCAUCUGCAAGUCAAGUUCUCUGUGAAGCACGUGGGUGUAUCUGGAAUCCAAUUGAUAAUAUCGAUGGAUCACCAUCAUGCUUUUUCAAAGAUGGUGUCGGAUAUAACAUUGAUUCUCAAAACGGUUCUACAUAUAAUCUUCAAAAGAACAAUGGUCCCAAAAAUCCAUGGGGCGACGAUUUUCAAAACAUUCAACUGAAAACAAAUAUGGUUGGAAGUGUUUUAAAUGUGAAAAUUGGAAUAGAUGGAAGAUAUGAACCGCCCAUUGAUUUUUCCAGAGCAACACUUCCCUCUUCAGAGACUCUUUCAUUUAUUACUGAAUCAUCAGAUGAUCUCUUCUGUUUUUCUGUAAUUCGAAAUAGUACAAACCGGAAAAUCUUUGAUACUUCAAUUGGUGGAUUGGUAUUUUCGGAUCAGUUUUUGCAAUUGGCGACGUAUCUUCCAAGUGAGAAUAUGUAUGGAUGGGGAGAAAAUACACAUCAAUCACUAAAGCACAACUUUUCUCGCUACCUGACAUGGGGUAUGCUGGCACGUGAUCAACCUCCAAAUUCUUUAAACCUCGACACAAUGAAUCUCUAUGGAGUUCACCCAUUCUACAUGUGCCUGGAGCCAGAUGGAAAUGCUCAUGGAGUAUUUAUUUUCAAUUCGAAUUCACAAGAAGUCACCACAGCUCCAGGACCAUCCUUGAUCUACCGUACUAUUGGCGGCAACCUUGACAUAUACUUCUUUCCGGGACCAACUCCGGCAUUAGUUACUCAACAAUAUCUUGAGUUUAUCGGAAAACCAUUUUUACCAGCAUAUUGGGCAUUGGGAUAUCAGUUAUCAAGAUAUGGAUACAGUGGUUUAGCUGAGAUGCAACAAAGGAUCGGAGCAGUCAGAGAUGCUGGAAUUCCAUUGGAUAUUGCGGUAGCAGAUAUUGAUUAUAUGAAUAGAUAUAAAGAUUUUAGUACAAAUGAUAAGUGGAGUGGUUUUGAGGAUUACGUUAAAGUGAUGCAUGGAUGGAAUAUGAAAUUAAUUCCAAUUUUCGAUCCAGCAGUUGAAGUUGAUUAUCUUCCAUUUCAACGUGCAAUGCAAAUGAACGCAAAAUUUAUUGAAUGGGAAAAUUAUUCUCAAGUUCAACAAAACAUUCAAAAUUUGUAUCCGAUGGUAAAAAACUCAAAAAUAAUGCUUGGAGUCGUCUGGCCUGACGGACCUUCCCAGAUUUCCUGGAUUCAACUGGAAAUACUCAAAUGUGGUGGAGAAACGAAUUGGAGUUGUAUCAUAGUAAGAUAUCUUAUGAUGGAAUUUGGAUUGAUAUGAACGAACCAGCGAACUUUGGGACCAAUGAAGCCCAUCCGUGGUAUUUUGACGAUGCCGAUCAUCCGAACGAUGCUCCAUUGUACUGUCAGACAAAUGGAUCAAAUCAAUGGGAUCUUCCACCAUAUCAGACGCAUGCAGUUUAUUAUUAUGGAGGAAAUGAAAAUAACGCAUAUCUCUCCUCUAAAACAAUUUGCAUGGGUGGAGUUCAAAACAACGGAACCUAUCGAUUCUAUGAUGUCAAGAACUUGUUCGGACUGACUGAAGCAAUUCAAACUCAACAGGCACUUCUCGAUGUGACUGGAAAACGUGGAGCAGUAGUGUCAAGAUCCACAUUCCCGUCAGCUGGAAGAUAUGCGGGUCAUUGGUUGGGAGAUAAUACAGCAAGAUGGGAAGAUUUAAGAACAUCUGUAAUUGGAGCUCAAGAAUUUAAUUUAUUUGGAAUUCCAUACGUUGGUUCAGAUGUUUGUGGUUUUUUGGGAACUUCAAACGAAGAACUAUGCCUCAGAUGGCAGCAAAUGGGAGCUUUUCAUAGUUUCUUCCGUAACCACAAUACUCUUGGAGAACCUGCACAAGAUCCUGCAGUCUGGCCAUCAGUAGCGGCCGCCACAAAGAUCGCAAAUCUCUUCCGUUACCAAUACCUUCCACAUCUAUUCAGUCUUCAUUUCCAAGCAUCAAAAGAUGGUCUAACAGUUGUUCGACCAGUCUUUUUUGAGUUUCCAACGGAUUCUGCGACACUUGAUUUGGGCUAUCAGUUUAUGUGGGGCUCCGGUAUUCUUGUGGCUCCUGUAGUUUAUCAAGGAGCAGUUUCCACAAGCCUUUAUUUACCAAAUGAUGUAUGGUACUCACUUUUCAAUUAUAUGUAUGGAAGUAGAAUCGACCCAGGAUUCAUAACUGUUCCAUCUCCAACCACUUCUAGAAUUCCAGUUUUUGUUAGAGGAGGCUAUGUCAUUCCACGCCAAACUCCGACUACAACAACAACAAUGAGCCGAUUGAACCCCUUCGAGCUCCUGAUUGCACCUUGCCAACUUGGUAGAGCUGCGGGAGUUCUGUACUGGGAUGAUGGUCAGAGGAUUGUGGACUCAUUUGAUACCCAUGACUAUCAUCAGUUCGAUUUUAAGUUCAACUCUACGAUUAACGGUGCUUCGUUGGCCAUUACAAGAACUAGAAAGGGAACAACUGUUUUACCUACAUUGGAUAUUUUGGAAAUCUUUAACUACACAACACCUCCGAACUUCCGAUCGUUCCGUUUGAAUGGGCAAUCUAUUAAUGUCAAUGUGCAGACUUCAACAUACUCUGGAAUCACCAAGAUUCUAAACAUUUCAACAAAGAAUUUUAUAGAUUUGACUUCUUCUGAUGUGAUUACUCUGGAAUGGUCAAACAUGUGA